AUGUCUUCGGAGAAAGAUGAAAACGAGCUGGAAGCCGCCGGCUACGAGUCUCAGAUGCCCCGGCGCUUCUCGCUGUGGUCGCUCGGCGCCCUGUCAUUUACCAUGACCGGCACCUGGCAAGGGACAGGCUCAUCGAUGGGCAUUGGGCUUAGGGCUGCAUCUUCUGGCGGAGUGAUGUGGUCUCUUCUCGUCGCAGGCACAAUGACAACCGUCGUGGCUGCCGGAAUGGCCGAACUGGCUUCCGCAUAUCCUGUUUCUGGUGCCCAGUAUUACUGGUCCUACAUGGUUGCGAGCAAUGACUAUCGAGCAUUUGCGGCUUUUCUUACGGCCAUGUUGAGCGUUAUUGGUUGGUGGUUCUCAGCAGGCGCAGUAGCCAACUUUGUUGCUGGGACUAUCUUGAAUAUUGUGGUGGCCUGGAAUACGGACUAUGAACCACAGGCCUGGCAAAAAUAUCUGCUGUUUGUUACGUUCGUCUGGCUCGCCGCGUCCUUCAAUAUCUUCGCGGCCAACUGGAUCCCAUAUUUCAACAAGAUGAUGUUCGUGUUUGCGCUUAUAACAAUGACCUCAACAAUGAUCACCAUGUUCGUCGUUGCUCGGGGGCAUCAUCAGUCAGCCGAAUUCAUCUUCACCAACAUGGAAACGCACACUGGCUGGUCAAGCGACGGUUUCGGCUUUUUACUUGCCAUGGGGAAUGCAGUGUAUGCUUUUAUGGGUGGCGACUGUGCUGCAAAGCUGGCAGAGGAGAUCCCCAACCCUUCCAAGAACGUUCCACUGGUGACCAUCUUUCCAGUUGUCACGGGGUUUCUGACAGCAUUCCCUUUUGCGGGUGCUCUACUCUACGCUAUAAAGGAUAUCGACUCGGUUCUGAAUACUGCCACAGGCCUGCCUCUAUUUGAGAUUUACCUACAGGCAACUGAGUCGAAAUUAGCCGCCUCGGUGCUCUUGGGCGUUUUUUCAAUGUUCCAGUUCAGCACCUUGAUUGCCUCUACUACCACAGGAUCACGCACAGUUUGGGCAGUUUCGCGCGACGACGUUCUUCCAUUCUCACAUCUCUGGCAAAAGGUCAACCCCCAGUUCGAUGUCCCGGUUAAUUCAAUGCUUUUAUCGGCAUCAUUCAUAACGGCGUACGGUCUCAUCUUCCUUGGGUCGACAACAGCCUUUUCUGCGAUGGUCAACGCGACCAUCAUCUUUAUCCAGACCUCAAUUGUUCUUCCACAAGCCAUCGUCCUUUUCCGAGGUCGGGAUCGAGUACUACCACCACGCUGGUUCAACCUUGGGAGAUACGGCGUCAUUAUUAACGCCCUCUCUGUGCUGUGGGUUUUCGGGCUCAACAUACUCUUCUGCUUCCCGACUACCUUGCCCAUCACAGCCAUGAACAUGAACUACGUCCCCAUCGUGGUCUCCGUGGCAACAGCUUCCAUUUUCGUGUUCUGGUUCAUGGGCAAGAAGAACUCGUUCACCGGCCCGGUAAUCGACAUGAAGGCUCUUGAUGCUAGGAGGAAGGAAGCCAUGGACACCGAUUCCACUCUCAACAACGCAGGUCAUGAGUCUGACGGGACCAUUGUCGAGGGAGAUCUUGGUAUGGAGAAAAAUGAAGGAGUCAAGAUCAAGGAAAUUUCCAACUAG